CCUACUUAUUUGGGCUUCUAGUCCUGCCAAAGUAAUGAGCAUAAAAUGAAAAAUGACAAUGAAGAAACACUAUUUCAACGUACAAUAUUAAAUUGGCAACAAAUCUGGGAUUACGUGGGAAGGAAUCCUGUCAUUCUGUAACAGUCUUGUGCAAGAACCAUGAAAUCUUUAGGCAUGUUUCUAGGUAUAAACAGUUGCUAUUACCAGAGCGAAGUGGCUGAACGCAAAAGAAGUGGAUUUUCCCUCCCAAUAUUAAAAAAAGAAGAAAUAUCAUCAAUUUUUCCCAAUAAUUAUAUCAUAUUUUUUUCAAUUUCUUCUUUAAUAUGAAUGAAAAUAAAGCAAUUAUGUUGGAUACUUCUGAAUAUGAACCUAUAACAUGGUUUAUUUACAUGGUGAAAGACUGGAUUGAUUUUGUAUACUUAGCAGAAUCUGUGAGCUCUAUACUUCAGCUUCUGCUCUUAUUAUCAGUACUUUUUCUUCUUACAUAUUUUGUAUAUUCAACCAUUUUUUUAAUUGCCCACAUUUGCACAAUUUAUUUUUAUACUUGGAAGAAAACAUAUACCAAAGAGGAAGAUACCUUCUGGAGAAAACCAAGGGAAAUGGUGGGACAAUGUAUGAACUUAUAUGGAAAGAUAUGGCAUGGUCAUGAGGUCAUUGGUAUGGAGAAUGUACCUGAAGGAGCAGGGCUGAUUGUUUAUUACCAUGGAGCUAUUCCUUUAGACUAUGCCUUAUUUGUAUCUUAUUUCUAUGCAAAAACUGGGAGAUUGGUCCGCUCCGCGAUUCAUUAUGGCAUGUAUUUAAUACCAGGUAUAAAACUGUCUCUUGAUGUAGUGGGUUGCAUAAAAGGCACAAAAGUAGAGUGUGUUGAAGUUCUCAAGAAAGGCCAUUUAUUAGGAAUCGCACCUGGUGGACUAAGAGAAGGAAACUUUAGUGAUGAAUAUUACAACACAGUCUGGGGAACUGGCAUAGGUUUUGCUCAAGUUGCUUUAGAAACACAAGUGCCAAUCAUCCCCAUGUUUACGCAAAAUAUCCGUGAAGCUUAUAGAACAGUUGGAAAAACAAGACUAAUGAAAUGGCUGUACGAACAUUUUCGAUUGCUUGUCCUUCCCAUAUACGGAGGGUUUCCAGUCAAAUUCCGCACCUAUAUUGGAGAACCCAUCCCUUAUGACCCAAAUAUAACUGCUAAGGAACUUUCUGAAAAAGCAAAGAUUGCACUUGAAAAUCUUCGAGACAGACACCAGAAGCGACCUGGAAAUAUACUUAGAGCCCUAUUAGAGCGAUUGGAUAAAAAUAAGAAAGAAUAAGAAAAUAAAAAAUAUGUUUAGUCUUUA